AUGGGGGACGAUGAUUGGCCGUCACAACGAUUUCGCGAUCAUGUUAUUAAUCGAUUGGAACCAGAACUAGCAAGAAAUCGUCAAAAUGCUCCAAAUUUACCCGUACCCGGUGAUGCAAGACAGGUGGAGGAAUAUGUUUUCAACAAAUGCGUCAGUAAAGAUGAAUAUAUGCGAACAAUUGCCAAAGUUAUCAAUGCAAUCAAUUCAAAAUCAUCAGCAGUACCGUCUCUUCUUCAACCGUCUCGUGUUCAUUCGGCAACGCAAAACUAUCGGACCACGGGUCUUAGUAUACCACCGGAUCCGCAACCCACCCAUCAGCAACAGCAACAAAAAGUUAUGGAUAGAUACCAUGCUCCCUCUCUUAGUCAACUGCCGCCAAUGAUACAGUCGCAGCAAUCAUCAUCUGGUGCAUUGGCUAGCGCUAAUAUACAGUCGUCACAGUCCAGUAUGCAACAGCAUUCUCCGAUAACACACCCAGUGGUUCCCCAGCAAACGCCGUAUAAUAUGCUUUCUCCGGUUUCCUCUGUCCCUGGGUCACACAGUACCUCUCCAAAUCAUCAAAUGUAUAGUCGUGUGAAAACUGAACCAAAAGGUGUCGUAAACGAUGGUACUGGCGUUAAUGAUGGUACAGGUGCUGCAGAAGUUUCAAUACCAAAUUCAUUGUCUAUCCGUGUAUGGAAACGUGAAAUUCCUGCUCCUGGAAGUUAUUACUCAGCAGGUCCUUACGGUGCUACAGGUUCCAAUCAGUACAUUGAACGUACCCAUUCAUCGGUAUCGUUUAUAUCACGAGAUACACCUAUUCUUUCUUCACAACAAAAUGCUUCAUCACAUCACCAACAACACCAUCAGUCAUCAGUUUUGGAAAAUCUUAUCAAUUCACCCCAUUAUGGGUCACCGACACCAUCUUCACGGCAUUUAAAUGGAUCGAGUAAUCAAAACAUUGCUGAUUUGCCACUUGGAAAUGCCAUACAACAAAAUGAAGAGCGUAUAUAUACCGAGAAAUUACGCUCAUUAAGGCCUUACGUUGAAAGCUUACGAGCACGUGCACAACAAUGUCGACUGGAAGGCAACGAAAUUGCUGCAAGUAAAUUUGAUACAAUGUGCAACGUUCUUGAUGGCAAAUCACGGGUAUCAUUUGAAUAUCUUUUGCAAAUAGAAGCAUGGAUAUAUAAAAAGCAGCAGUUUCUGCAAACUUCAUUGAAUACUGGAACAUUGCAACCACAACCACUGGUGGAUGCAGUAAAUGCAGUCUUGUUAAAUAACGAAACACAGGUUGGAUACGGUGAUCGUGUACAAACGAAUACCAGUGCUCCAUCCUCAGGACACUGGCCGAUGCCAUCUAGUCGAUCACAGCAACAACAGCAAGCAUCACCCCAAAUAUUACCUAGUAUGGUGUCAUCAUCAAUCCCAGUGGCUCUUUGUCCAGCGCGAAGUACUCUGAUGCAGUCACCAAUACCGUUGCAAACCACUAGUGGUCAACAGGUUGCACGACAUUCAGUGGAACAUAUUUAUCAGCGACAUUCACCAUAUCCAAAUCCAAAUGCUGGAUUACGUCCUGGUGCACAGGCUCAAUCGGUGGUGCUUCAUCAUGGUUUGCCCAGGCAACAAACAGCAGCAGUGACAGCAACUUUACCACCAUUCUCAGAAGCAAGUCGUGCAUCAACAACCGACUGCAGCGGAGUUGAAGAUCUUUAUGUAAUGGAUGAUUUCUUGCCAACUCCUAUAGAAGCAGUGCCGAAUAGCACAUCUUCACAGAUAGAAGGUCAAUUGCCAGAAACGGUGCGUCAAGAACUGCUAGCAUUUGGAGAUCGUUUUUUAGCCGAUUCUAACAUUGAACAAAUAACUGAUUCGCAUUCUGUUAUUGUUAAAUUUUCAUUAACCUCACACAAUGUGCCACCGCUACAGUUGAUUAUACCGAAAACAUAUCCCAAUGGUGAAGUCCUGGUGGGUCGUGCUGCACUAGAUUUAGAUUCGUUUUUCUUCGAUGAUUUGCAAAAUGUGAUACAUGAACGUUUAGCUCGACCAGGUCUGCGAACGGUGACAGAUUUCCUUGAAACUUGGGAAUCGACAGUACGUGGCUACUAUUUGGGACAGCAACAGCAGUCACUGUUACCCAAUUCAUUUGAUGACAUAUUACAAAAUACAAAUUUCAGUGAUUUCUUAUCCUGA